GUUUGAACAAUUGGGUUUGAUAAAUAGUUCUGACGAGGCCAUGACUAUCAGCAAAUGACUCUGCCGUUUAUUUGCAUGCUAGAGAAUCACCAUCUGUGAAAAUGGUUUCGCAACACGUCUACGACUUAUGCCAAGUAAAAGAAACAGUAAGCUCUGUCUUGGCAAAUGAUCCAAGCCAGACACCUGGAAAUGCCAUCAAGAAGCUAUACGGCCAUCACGAGCACGGACUACACCACAAAAUUUCAGCCAAAGAAGACAUAGAGAAGAGCGAAGAUGCCAUCGAAACAGCCCUCCACUGCGGUCGUUGGGGCCCGACGACCCCAAGUCCGUUGUUUCUCCAAGCAUUCGCCGACUCGCUUCAAUGCCUCAACGAAGACCCGAUGGCAGGUGUCGUGUCGCCGCCGUUGAUGGGCUCUCAUGGAACGAUGCCACUCACAGUCAUUGCACCCCUUGCAGAUGUCAUGCGACACUGCUCGAAUCUCAUCGUGCGGGCGGAGAAGGAGGUUUUCUUCAUCACAUGUUCCUGGGCACCAUCAGUAGCCCAAGCUCUAAUCAAGGAUUCUCUAAUAGAACUCUCGAAACGAGCCGGAAAGACAGGGAGACGAGUGGUUGCUAAGAUCAUGUAUGACAAGCCAGGACCAUGCAAUGCUAUAAAUCCACAUCAGUUUGUCAAACCAAAGUCGUACACCUCAAAGGCGAUCAACUUACCUUCACCCGAAGAAAUACCAAAUGUCGACCUGGAGGUGGUCAGCCUGCAUCGAAUAUUCUUGGGCACCCUGCACGCCAAGUUCUGCGUUGUGGAUCGCAAGAUCGCUGCCAUUAUGAGUAACAACACCGAAGACAACGAUAACCUGGAGAUGAUGGUCCAUGUCGAAGGGCCAGUAGUUGAUAGCAUAUACGACACGGCCCUGAUAACCUGGCAAAAUGCCCUUCACCCAAAACUUCCAUCUCUCCAAACAGCUGCAGCAGACGGUGGUUUGUAUACCUCUACUGACAGUUCCACAACGAGGGAGAACGAAGCCUCGCAUCUAAAAGACUUUACCACUAUACAAGCUGAUAAUGAGCAACCCCUACCGGAGCAUUUCCCAGAUCGCCCUCACUACGAUGACGACAUAGAGGGAGAGGUCAGGCGUAUGCAGUCAUGUUAUGCCCUGAAAGAGGGUGAAUCGCGUCUCCAAGCAGCGAAUCGCCAGCUCAACCUUGCAGUCGAGAAUCCAAUCAAGCCUACGGGACCUGAGAUCGACGCAGGAGAUGAAAUGACCCCAUACAUCUCGACGAUUGGCGAUGGGAAGCCUGUUCCGAUGGCCCUUGUAUCUCGACCGCCAUACGGAGCUAUCGACUCGAAGAGUGUUCAUGUGCCCCAGAACGAAGCUUGGUUAUCGUUGAUCAGGAAUGCCAAACACAACAUCUUCAUUCAGACGCCAGAUCUCAAUGCUGCUCCAUUGAUUCCAGCCCUCAAGGAAGCGCUGAGGAGAGGAGUAGAAGUCACAUACUAUGUGUGUUUUGGCUACAACGAUCCGGGUGAAAUGAUCCCCGGGCAAGGCGGAACAAAUGACCAAAUUGCCCAAAACCUCGUCUCAUCCCUCACCAAAGAUAGUCCUGAGCGCAAGCUGUUGCACAUAUACAACUACGUCGGAAAGGACCAAGACCAUCCUAUCCAUCACUCCUUCAAAGCUAGAUCCUGUCAUAUCAAGCUUCUGAUCGUUGAUGGAAGUGUAGGAAUCCAAGGAAGUGGGAAUCAAGACACUCAGUCCUGGUUUCACAGUCAGGAGAUCAAUCUCAUGGUCGACAGCGUGGAGAUAUGUCAUAAAUGGAGAGAAUGUAUUGAUAGGAACCAAAACACGAAGAGGUUUGGCAAGGUCGCUGAAGAUGGCAUUUGGAGGGAUGCUGAGGGGAAGCCUGGCAAAGGGUACAUGGGAAAUCCAGGGACUGUCAUGGGCUUGGUUAAAGGUGUUUCUGGCAUGAUAAUGAAGAUGAAAGGUGCAGGGGGAUUUUAGUAGAUGUUUACGAGAAUUGUAAUAUUUAUGCAAUAUGGGAUCAUAUGCCUGACGUCACUUUAGAAGGGUUCGCAAGAUGCUGACUGACGAUAGGUUUGUCUGUUAUGCUAAAGAAGAAUACAAAACAGG